AGUACUGAAGUGAGAAAACUGAUAGGUGUCAUCAAGCCUGUGCAGAGUCUCACUUGAAGCCAGACAACACUCAGAGUCUGAUGGUCUGUUGGUGUGCACCUUUGAAGGUUGUCGUCUUCUGCAUUCAUCUUCUGCAUUUUGCUUUUGUUGGACUUGAACAGAGAUGGGACCUCGUACAGGAGUCACGUCAUCCAAGGAUGUGAAAGCUGUCGCAGGUGGAUGUGGUGGAGGUUGCGGUGGAGGUCAGGGAGAAGCCCGGAUGAGAAGCUGCAGUGAUGGAAACAUAUACACCAGAGGACUAGUCGGUCUCCCCAGCACCUCCUCCUCCUCCUCCUCCCUGGUGCUCUCCAACCCCAAAUCUGUUCUCAAGAGACCAGUGAGCACAGAGGAGCUACAAGAACCAGGAGGACCCUACAUCAGGAAAACCUUCACGAUUGUGGGUGAUGCAGUGGGCUGGGGGUUCGUGGUCAGAGGAAACAGGCCGUGUCACAUCCAGGCCGUGGAGCCUCAGGGUCCAGCUGCUCUCGCAGGGAUGAAGGUUCGCCAGUUUGUGGUUUCAGUCAACGGCCUCAGUGUUCUCGAUCUGGACUACCGGACAGUCAGCUAUCUGAUCCUAACGGGACCCAGAACUGUGGUGAUGGAAGUAAUGGAAGAGGCUGAAAACUGAGAUUGGAGUUAUGUGACCUACACGUGCCCUGUUUGAGUUUUUCCUACAAAGACUGCAAAGAUGCAUUAAUGAAAGAGGAGAACCGUUUGUUAGGGAUAACACGGGAAGUCUUUUGUUUUUAAACUGUCGCUGAACUGAUGAUGGGUACGGUUGUUUUCAGAAGGGACACUUUUGUAUAUUUGAAAGAUGAUUUUGCAACAUCUGAGUAGCUUCAUCAGGAAUGAGUCUGGCUCCGAUCCAGAGAGUAGAAUUUAUCAGUGAUGUGCGAUCAGUUAAAGUGGUGAAAUGUUUCUAUUGAAAUAAAUGUUCAGCCAUGAAA